GAAUCUCUUCAAGAAAGAGAUGAAGUUAUUGCUUUGGGACAAGAAGCUAUGAUUUACAAGUUCAAACGUCAAAAAAUUCAGACUCAAGCCCAAGAAUGUAACAUGUCAAAAAUAAUUGAAUUAUAA